AUGACGAGAUAUUCAGAGGACUGGAAUCAGAUCACAGAUCUUGCACAGCGCAAGAAAGUGCAGAAUAGAAUCGCGCAGAGGACGUACCGCAAUAAACUAAAGAGAAGGAUAGCGGAACUUGAGCAGUUGAAUGAGGUUUUGAACAGCCAGACAAGUCCGCAGCAAGUGCCCGUUGAGGAGAUAUCUCCUUACCAGCGAGGACUGCCUUCAUUUGUGCCGGGCACUUCAAGAGGGACCCGGUCUACAUCGCGAGAAGGAGAUAUUGGUGAUGUCGGAAAUAUCCACGCCGGAUCGAAAAGAGGAAGCCACGACCAGAAUCAAUUCUCUGAAGCCCCACCGAGAUUCCAAGAUAUUGGCACCUCUCAAUCCUACACAACUCCAUCACCUCAACCAAGACCACUCCUUUCUCCAAACCCGCAAAUUGCUCCAGCAGGUCUCCUAGGGGCUUUUCCUCGAUCAGCCAUAGCCGCGGGAGAUUUACUGACACCACCUCCAGUUUCACAAUCUCUCCAUUCCACAGAUAUUAAUUGCAUGAUCCGAGAGCCCCAGUCAAUAGAAUCCAACAUUGGGUCCUACAAUUUGACGCUAGACAAUGACAGCAACAACUUUUUCCAACUCCCUGACAACCAAUCAACCAACCCAGUCACAACAUCAAUGGACCUUCUCAAUCUUGAUGCCGCCAUAUCUCCCCAACCAAACCACAUGUCACAACCUUCGGACGGCCGCACCACCCUCCACCUCGCCGUCGAACACAACCGUCUGAAUAUCGUACAAUUGCUCCUAGCUCGUAACGCAGAUAUCAGAGCACAAGAUCGAUGGGGCUACACUGCUCUCCACGUAGCCGCUAUAAGAGGCCAUGAGGAACUAACAAGAUCGCUCCUCUCCUGUUACUCCUCCUCCUCUUCAUUGUCCUACCACAGCGACAGCAGAUCUCAGCACGCCGACUUUAUCGAUAUGACUGACGCUACGGGGUAUACGGCUCUUCACCAUGCUGCGGAAAACGGACAUUCUGGCGUCGUGGAGAUCCUAUUCCUAGCUGGUGCAAACCCUCGAGCACAGAAUAAUACCGGGGCAACAUUGCUACAUCUCGCCGCUGCCGGGGGUCAUGGAGGCCAUGAGGCGGUGGUAGCGUCCCUUUUUCUGGCGGCGGCCACGAGUUCGAACACAAGACGAAGUUCAAGAGAUUUGCUCAAGCCAGGAUCCAAUGGACAUCUGCCCAGUCCAAACAAAAACAAUAAUGAUAGCAGCAACCGUAAUCGUAGUAAUAGCUGCAGUAGCAGCAGCAAACAAAACAGCAGAGCUCCCUCACCACACCUCAACCAUACCCAAAGCUUCCAUCAACACUUAAACGCAUCAACAACAUCAACCUCCAACCACGAGAAUAACACCAGUGCACCCUGGAGUGUCUCGCUCCAUCCCACAAUCCUUCACGACCUUCCCCACAUCGUCGACAACUCCGGCGCAACCCCACUGCAUGCAGCCGCUCAGUCUGGUCUUUCACCUCGAAUUAUCAGCAUCCUCCUCUCGGCCGGUGCAGCUCCCGACGUCCCUGACGCAAGCACAGGCUUCUCACCACUCCACUAUGCCGCUCAGAAGGGCCACGAGAGUAUUGUCCGGAUCCUGGUGGACAGCGGAGCAAACGCCGGGUUGAAGGCUAGGUGUGGUUGGAAUGCACUUCAUCUUGCUGUUCAGGGGGGUCAUGAUGCCGUUGUAGCGAUGUUACUUGAGAGAGGGGCGGAGGUGAAUGGGAGGGCAGAGGAGUAG